UUUUCCUCAAAUCCUAUCCAUCCCCGUAUUGAUCGUCUGAAUCCAUUUUCGAUUUGUGUUCUUUGUUCUGUGUUUUGUUUCUUCUUCCAGUCCACUGCCGCGUGUUCGAUUUGCUUACGGAAUUUGGGAAGUUUUCAUUUCUCCUUUGCAUUUUCAGUGCGCUGUCUCAUUCCCCUCCUGCCUGUUUAUUUGAUUUUCAGAUUAUUCACUAUAAACCAUUUGGUAAACCUUGUUUUGUUUGGGGAACAAAGGAUCACCUUCAAGGUCUGGUCGAGUUUUCCGUGGGAAAACGGAGUUUGCAGGAUGUUGUUCAGAGACUUCUAAUGCUGCAAUAAUUGCACCUCAUGAAACAAUAUUUGAUGGGUUACUGCCCUGUAUGAAGUAUUAUAGCCAGUCAUCUGGUUUCCCAAAGUCGAACAGGGGAGUCCGAACUUUUUCGUCUCAGGUUGAUGCUAAUGGAAAUGGAGAGGACUUAGAGGAUGGAUUUUCGGAGCUUGAAACUCCACAGGACUCAGUUGAAGAAGCGGCUUCUGUAGACGAGAGUGAUGAUGGUUCAGGCUCUGGAUCAGAGCUGUCUGAGGAUGAACUGAAAGAAUUGGACACACCUGGUUCUGAAACUGAUGAAAAAAAGGGUGCAUUAACCAGAGCUAAAGCUUCAUCGGCGAUGUGUAAGGCUAUACUAGCUGCUCCAACCUCACCAGUAAGCAAGGUUUUGGAGAAAUGGGUUGAAGAUGGUAAGGAAGUAACCCAAUCUGAGGCACAAUUAGCAAUGGAUAUUCUUCGUAGACGGAAACUGUUUGUCAAGGCCUUGCAGUUGUCAGAGUGGUUGGAAUCAAGCAAACAUAUUGAAUUUACUGAGGCAAAUUAUGUUUCUCGUGUGGAUCUAAUUUCUAAAGUACAUGGCAUAUUUAAGGCAGAAAAUUACGUUAAGCAUCUUCCUGAAUCUUUUAGAACUGAAACUGUUUACCGCACUCUGUUGGCCAAUGCCGUGUCCGGCACAAACGUGAAGAAGGCUGAGGAGUUGUUCAACAAAAUCAAAGAUUUAGGACUUCCUGUUACGAGUUUCUCUUGCAACCAGCUGCUGCUUCUGUACAAGAGAGUUGAUAGGAAGAAAAUUGCUGAUGUGCUUCUGCUGAUGGAGAAGGAAAAUGUUAAACCGACUGUUUUCACUUACCAGAUAUUGAUUGAUGUGAAAGGGCAGUCCAGUGACAUUGAGGGGAUGGAACAAAUAGUUGAGACGAUGAAGGCUGAAGGGCUGAAACCUAGCUCUCAAAUCCAGACAUCCUUGGCGCGGUACUAUGCUACUGCCGGAUUAGAAGACAAAGCUGAGGCUUUGUUGAAAGAGAUUGAAGGGGAUGGUCUGGAAAAGAAUCGCUGGGCUUGCAAUUUAAUGAUGCCUAUCUAUGCUUCCCUUGGAAAGGCUGAUGAGGUUGAGAGGAUCUGGAAAUUCUGUGAGUCCGAUCCAUGGUUGGAAGACUGCGUAUCUGCAAUCGGAGCUUGGGGGCAGCUCAACAAGAUAGAAAAAGCCGAGGAAGCCUUUAGCAAACUGGUAGAGAAGGUCAAGAAGCCGUCCACAAAGCAUUACACCGCUCUGCUAAAGGUCUACUCAAAUCACAAGAUGCUGACGAAGGGGAAGGAACUUGUGAACCAAAUGGCCAGCGACGGAUGCCAUCUUGGGCCGCUGAUUUGGGACUCACUUGUGAAGCUCUAUGUGGGUGCUGGAGAAGUCGAGAAAGCUGAUUCCAUAUUAGUGAAGGCCAUAAAGAAGAAGGUUGGGCAACCUAUGUUCACUUCCUUCCUUGUCAUCAUGGAUAAGUAUGCAGAGAGGGGAGAUGUGCACAAUACGGAGAAGAUAUUCCAGAUGAUGAAGGGCGCCGGUUACGAGUCACGUAUCCGUCAAUACCACUCGCUGCUCCAUGCGUAUGUGAUGGCGAAGAAGCCGGCAUAUGGGUUCAGGGAUAGGAUGAAGGCUGAUAAUAUCUUUCCGAAUAGAGCAUUGAACGGCGAGUUGCGGAAACUUGAUGCGCUGGGGAAGUCGCGGUUGGAUGAUCUGCUGGAGUGAUAGUUGUUUGGAUGAUUGCUGAUGAAGUUGAAACUGCUAAUGACUUACUGUUUUCCUCGUUAUUUAUAUUAGGAUUGAUGGUUUUUCUGGA